AUGCCAGGUGCUUUGAAGGAGUGCAGCUUGGCGUGGCUGCGAUGCCAGCGCUGGCAGGGUCAGCUGGAUCCCACAGGAUGGUGUAUCAGGGGGCAGCACUUUAACGAUGCUGGGGAAGUUCUCGGAAGCUUCGGUGCGAUGAGACAGAGGGAGCCGGAUCCCUGGGAGCCGGCGGAGGAAGCCUCCGACAGGUCCCACAUGGAGUUUCAAGAUUGGGCGGAUGGCCUUUUCUUCUCGCUGGACCGGGAGGGCAAGGAGCAAUUGCUGGAUGCUGAUGGUCAACAGGUCAUGAUGGAGUGGGAGAAGCCAUAUGUGGAAAAAUGUGCUGAUGAGUUACAGAUAGCACCUGUCUGUGAUGUGCUCGAAAUUGGCUUCGGCUGCGGAUACAGCGCUGAUCGGAUUCAGCACUUCAAGCCGCGAUCCCACACCAUCAUUGAGUGUUCAGAGGUUGUGCUGAAGCGGCUCAAGCAGUGGGCGAGCACGCGGCCGAAUGUGCGCAUCGUUGAGGGUACGUGGCAGCAGCGCUUGCCGGAGCUUGGCACGUUCGAUCGGAUAUUCUUUGAUGAUUACGGCCAGCCAGGCGUUUCUGAUAGAGAGAUGUUCCUCAAUUGCCCAAAUGAGCAGUAUAAAGCAAUCUAUGAUGAAUCACCGACGCACUUUCACGCGUUUCUCGACAUUGCUCUGCAGUUUCAUGCCCGCCCAGGAACAAGAAUAUCAGGAUAUUUGGUAAGCCCCAUUGUUGUGGACAGAGAUGAUGUGGAUAUCACCUACGAGUCCAUGGGUGUCCAACCUCCCGCUCAUUGCAACUAUUACUUUCGAAACGAGGCUGUGGUUCCCAUAUUCGCAAAAACAGCGGAUUCGCAAGCGAGCGACGGCAGCACACGCAGCCCAAGCUUGUCUGGAUGCGAGGAACAAUGA